UUCGCAAUCGUCGUCGUCGUGUCGUGUACGACGGUGCCCGCCGCAGUACAAUAAUAUCACGAUCGUAUAUCGCGUUCCGCAUCUCGACGCGAUUAGGUAAUAUCUCUUCGUUUUGUUCUCGUCGUCCACGUUUGUCCCGCAGAGCUCGUUUUCGAUUCGUUUUUCUCCCGAUCGUUUUUUAUACGUUUACCCAACGUCCAAACCGCACGUUAAUUAAUAACGACGACGACGACAACGACGACAAUAACAACACACUCAAAUCGAGAUCAUACCGUGCAAAGUGUGCGGCGACAAGUCCAGCGGCGUCCACUACGGCGUGAUCACGUGCGAGGGCUGCAAGGGAUUCUUCCGGCGGUCGCAGUCGUCCGUGGUCAACUAUCAGUGCCCGCGCAACAAGAAUUGCGUGGUGGACCGCGUGAACAGAAACCGGUGCCAGUACUGCCGGCUCCAGAAAUGCCUGCGGCUGGGCAUGUCCCGUGACGCGGUGAAAUUCGGGCGCAUGAGCAAGAAACAGCGCGAAAAGGUCGAAGACGAAGUGCGCUUCCACAGGGCCCAGAUGCGUUCGUCAGCAGCAGCCGCGGCCGCGGCCGCUGCUGCGGCGGUGGCCGCGCAGACCACGGCCAUCGACUGCUGUUCGACCACGACCGGCGGCGGCAACGGCGGUACCGCGGCCGUGGCCGCUGACUCGUCAGUGUUCGACCACGACCAGCACGGACAGCACGGACACGGGCAGCAGCAGCAACAGCAGAUGCCCUCCAGCACUGCCGAUCACGGGCUACGCAUACACCAAUUACACAGCGGGGGCGGACAUCUCUCGCAACACCACCAUCAGCAACAGCAGCAGCAACAACAGCAGCAACAGCAGCAACUACAGCAACAGCAACAGCAACAACAGCACCCGCAGCACCAGCUACACGGUCAGCAGCAACAGUUCAACAUCAACAGCAACGUGCAGCACGCUUACGCGGCCGCCGCAGCAGCAGCCGCCGCAGCAGCAGCGGCCGCCGCGGCCGGCGGUGGCGUCAACGGAGCCAACGGUGGCACGGGAGUCGGAUAUGGAGGAGGCGGUUACAACAGCAACGGUGGAUCGAACGCAGCCGCAGCAGCCGCAUCUCUGGUGGUGGACACGUUCGCGGCGUACGCGGCUGCAGCCACCUCGUCGGCGGUGCAGUCCGGCGCUAACGGUUCCGUGCCGCCACCAUACGACACGGCGGCAACGAGCAGCAACUACGUGGCCGACAGCACGACACCGGCGGCGUCCAGCACGACACCGUCGACGGCCGCGGCCACGUCCACCUACGGCGGUGACAUGGAAGUGUCGUCUGUGGCGGCUGUCGCGUCCGGAGCACAGGACAACUUAAUGGCCGGCGUUUCCGGUUCUACGGCUGCCGUUUCUUCGGCAGCAGACGCCGUCCAGAUCAGCGAGCUACUGAGCAAAACCAUAGCCGACGCUCACGCCCGUACGUGUUUCUACACUCUCGACCAGAUACACGACGGCAUGUACCGAACGGCUACCAUGGCGGCGGCCAACAAGGCGACAGCCGACAAAUUGAUAAUGUACAAAACCAUGCCUCAUGAAGAGCUGUGGUUGGAGUGCGCGCAAAAAUUAACGUCCGUCAUCCAGCAGAUUAUAGAGUUUGCCAAAAUGGUGCCAGGAUUCAUGAAACUAUCGCAAGACGAUCAGAUCGUGUUACUUAAAGCGGGAAGUUUCGAGUUAGCAGUGCUGAGGAUGUCCAGACACUACGACUUACACCGGGACUGUGUCUACUACGCAGACGCCUUACUUCCUGCUGACGCGUUUUACACGCAAGAUGCGGUCGAAAAGAAACUGGUCUCGUUGGCUUUCGAAGUGAGCCGUUCCGUUGCUUCGUUGAAACUUACUGAAACCGAGCUAGCCUUGUACUCGGCCGUCGUGUUGCUUUCGCCAGAUCGGCAAGGCUUGAAAGGCACUGUGGAAAUUGGUCGUCUUAGACAGGCUAUUCUGCGAGCUCUACGUAUGGAGCUCGAUCAUAGAACUGCGGGUGGCAAAACUGCAGCCACCGUCGAUCUACAACACCAGCAACAGCAUCACCAACAGCAGCAACAGCAGCAGAAUCAAGUGUGCGAUGCUCUCAUACAAAAGAUCCCGAUACUGAGGCAACUGGGAAUGCUGCACAUGGAAGCGUUAGCCAAGUUGCGUCGUACGGUUCCACACUUGGAAUUCCCUGCUCUGCACAAGGAACUUUUCUCGGUUGACGGCAGUUGAUCUGAGGAGGAAGGCUACGACGACGACGACGACGACGACGAUGACGGCGGCGGCGGCGGCGAUGGUAGCGGCGGCAGUGGUGGCGGAAGCGGUGGUAGCGACGGCGGUGACGACUCUGCGAGAGACUCGUCGUCUACGAUCGUUAUCGCGUCGGUGAUCUCUUUGGCCGGUGGACUGCAAUGAGAGGAUCAGUAGCAGCAGAGUAUAGCAAAGUCGUCGCAGACGGGCUGUGUAACAUAUAUAUAUAUAUUAUAUAUAUAUUAUAUUAUAUUAUUAGUAUAUUAUAUUUUAAUAUAAAAAAGAUAAGAUAAAAGGAAAAAAAAAAGUCGCAAAAUCUCGCGAGAUCACACACCGCUGUUACAUAUUAUAUUCAAUUAUGUAAUAAUAUUAUGUAUAGUGUUGUUUUGUUACAAGGUAGCGUCUCAUAAUAUUUAUAUAUAUAUAUAAUAUAUAUCGCGUGUUUAUGAAAUAGAAUAUUGAUAUUAUUAUUAUUAUUAUUAUUAUUAUUAUUAUUACUAUUAUUACUGUUGUUGUUGUAUAGUAUUUUUUUAUAAUAUGUACGGGACGUAAAUCCCCCGCAAGUACGGCGUAAUGAAUAGGUAUAAUAAUUGUACAUUAUGUUUGUAUGAAUUUUUUCCCGGUCUCAAAAUAUUGUAAGAACUUUGCUUGUAAAAAAAAAAAAAAAACCGAUUUCCGUUGCGGGAGGAGAUCAUGCGAGUGUGUAUGUGUGUGUGUGUGUGUGUGUGUGUGUGGGUGGACGAAAGAUUUCGUCGUUUUCUGUCGUCUGUUAAUCUUCGGAUCGAGCUCGUCGUGUUUGUUUAGGUGAUAGGUUAAUCGCAGUCGACGACGAUCCUACACGUACCGCGCACACGUUAUAUAAUAAUAAUAACAUAUAAAUCGACAAAGCGGAGUGUACACACAAAAAUAAUAUAAUACCACGCGCAAUUGUAACAGGUCGUCGUGUAUCGCGACGAUUAUUGUUGUUUGUAUUAUUUGUCGUUUUUUCGGGGAACAUUAAUAAAAUAAUUUCGUUUUCGGUCAGCGUACCUACGUGUUGCACUCAAUUUUUUUUUUGAUUUUUUUUUGUCGUCUUUGUAAAUAAUAAUAAUAAUAAUAGUGUUUAGUGCCGUGUUAGUGUGCGCCGUCGCACGCCCGCCGUAUACUCGUCAUAAAAUAUUAUCAUUACGAUUCGAAUACGUUUAUUGUGAUCAAUAAUAAUUAUUAUGAUACAUCAUACCGAAAUCGUGUCGAAGAAACGGGGGAAAAAACAGUGCCGGCGGCCGAGGAGAGUUUGUUUAUCAUCGUUAUUGUUUACUCUUUUUUUUUUUCCAUUCAUUCGAAAACUCGUACAAUUCAUACGAAAAACCGAGGAAAACAAUACAUAUUAUAUUUUAUUAUUAUCAUUAUUAAUCGAUAGAAACUCACUACUACUCUCUAUACACACUCGUCACGUCAUAUUAUUAUAUCGUAUUGUACACACGCAUACACACGUAACGUUAUGUACUCACACACACUUGUAUAGAGCUGUCACUGUCGUACCUAAUUAUUAUACAUAAUCUCGAUGUCGAAUAAAUUCCGCGCGCGAUAUAUUAAACAUUAUUACCUAUAUUAUCAUAUUUUGUACACGUCGUUUAGGUACGAUAUUUUAUAGGAUAUAUAUAUUAUUAUACUGCCUAUUUUAUUAUACGCGUAUAAUAUUAUUAUUACGUCGUGUAGAUAGAGAAAUAUAAAAUAAUAAAACGUGGCCGCCGCCACCUCGCGUUUAAGUAUAAUUAUUCUUAUUAUUAUUAUUAUUAUUAAAUUAUGUGUUACGUGUUUUUGUAUUUUGUGUAAAUUAUAAUAUUGUAUAAAAGUCGUCGUCGUCGUCGUCGUCGUCGUCGUCAUCUACUACAAAAUACUUUUUUUCUGUUUUUUUUUUCUCUCUCCGAGCGACUUAAAGUAAUAUCAUUAUUAUGUGUAUAUAAUAUAUAGGAUAACUUAAACCAUAUUAUAUUAUGUACAUCGCGCACGCGCGCUUGUGUAAAAUAGUGUGGUGACACGGCAAAUUCAGUCGUAGUGCAUAUUAUAUAUGUACGUGUGUGUUUUAUUCGCAAGUCGUUCGACGACGACGACGACGAUCGUAAUAUGGCACCGGCUGCGUAUUUUUAUUUAUGUAUACGUGUAAUAUAUAAUAAUAUGAAUGUACCUAUCAUAUGAAAUAUUAUUAGAAUACGCGAAUAGUUUUAAUUUGUUUUCGUUAAUUUAAUUAUUAUGAUAUUAUAUAAAAAUGAAUAGGAAAUUUAACGUGAUGUGGGGUAAUAUUAUAUUGUGAAAUUAAUCGAUAAGAAGACGGAGUGAAAAUUUGUAAAAUACGAUUUUUAAUAUAUAUAUAUAUAAUACAUACAAAGAGUAUAUUAUAUAUAAUAUAUAAUAUAUAUAUAUAUAUAUAUAUUAUAUUAUUAAAUUGGUAUACUAUAUAUAUAUAUAUACAUAUAUAGUAUAUUAUAUUACGAUAGUUUUUUACGGUAAAAAAAAAAAACGAUUUAUUGUUUUUUUUAUAAUUAUUAUUAUUAAUAUUAUUAUUAUUUGCGCCUGCCCGCAAUUUUAUGAAUUUUAUUAAAAUUUGUCAUUUUAUUAUUAGAUAAGAAUAUAUAUAUUAUAUUAUUAUAUGAAAAACAAACAAAAUAUUUUUAUGUUGUAUACUGCAACAGUCAAGUAAAACACGCGCACAUAAUAAUAUAUAUCAUUUUAUUGUAUAUUUUUUAAAUUACGUUUAUCGUUUGUUCUCGUAUCUUAUGUAAUAGCAAUUGAUAUAUAUAUACAUAUAUAUUUUAUCAUUGGUCUUAGAUAGUAAUUAUCAUCAUCUAUAAUCAAUGAUAUUAUAAUGUUUGUCACCUCAUCCUCGUCCUCUUCCGGAACGCGUAUAUUAUAAUAUAUAUUAUAUAGGUAUACACUCGUUGUGUUUCAGUUAUAUUUUUUUUUUUAUUUCUUUUCGUUUUCCACUACUACUAGAAAAGGUGCUCCGUGUUAUUAUUAUUAUUAUUAUUAUUAUUAUUGUUAUUAAUUAAUUAUUAUCGCUUAUUAUUAUUAUUAUUAUUAUUAUUAUUAUCAUUAUUGUUUAACGAGAGAUAAUAUUAUAAAACAACAAAAAAUAUAUAAAUAUAUGUAUAUAUAUAUAUUUAUAUAGAUAUAUACGCAUGUAGAUUAUAUGGUA